GUAACAUUAGUAUAUCAUUCUUGUACUGAGAUUAUAUAUCCGUACGCCAAAGUUGAUGCAAGAUCGCUUGUUGUGAAAGUCGACCUGCUCACCGAGGAACCAGAAAGCCGGGGGCACCAGGCACGACUUCCCCCUCCCCGCAUCCCAACAUGGCCUCGGCCUCUACGACUUCAAACGAAGCGCAACUGCGUGAGCCGCCCACCACGUGGCAGAAUGUCAAAUUCUUCCUUUCGGCCGUGCCAAAACUCCCACUAGUGGUCCGUGUAACACUGUUACAUGUCCUUGGUCGCUCGGAGCCGGCAAAGUACCUGGACCUACGCAGCGAACUCACAGUCGCCGUCUUGCGAUCCUUCUUGCAGCCUACAAAACCUCGGUCCAUCUCCUCGACCCAGAGGCUCGUGGUGCGAGACCAGGGCAUCAAAGGUCGGAUCUGGGUAGCCAACUACGCGGCCCCCGCACCCCCUGACCCCGACGUUUUGGAUGUAUUAGUCGCGGCGAUCGAGGGUCUACACGACACGUCGUCGCCGCCGGUGGAGAUACCGCGGCCUAGGAUCACGGCUGUGGAGGCAGAGUGGACCGGAUACCGCGCGAAUGCGACGGGUGAUGCUCGGCUGCCGCCUCUUUCGGCAAGGGAGCUGUUCGAUGAGAUGCAGAAGGAGGUCUCGAGCCCCGUGACGGUUCUCUACCUCCAUGGCGGCGCCUACUAUGUCGGCGAUCCAUGCACGCAUCGGGCCGUUACCAAGAAGCUGGCCAAAAUCACGGGCGGUCGGUGUUAUUCGGUGCGGUACCGCCUGGCGCCUCAGAACCCCUUUCCCGCCGCAUUGCUUGACGCUCUUGUGUCGUACAUGGCGCUGUUGUACCCUCCCCCAGAUGCAUACCACACACCAGUGGCUCCAGAACAUGUAGUCAUAGCGGGUGAUAGUGCAGGAGGAAACCUUUCCCUAGCUCUGCUCCAAACCAUACUCGAACUACGCAGACAGGGCCGUCAGAUACGUUGGUUCGGUGCCGACUAUGAGAUCCCUUUACCCGCAGGGGCAGCCGUGUGCUCACCAUGGAUGGACAUAACGGUGAGCUCGCCGAGCUGGCAAGCCAACCAAGCCUUCGACUAUCUACCCCCGGCGUCGAAGUACCACGAUAUCAAGUACCCACCCUGCGGUGCGUGGCCGGCCAAUCCGCCGCGGCGGCACCUCUACGUUGCGGAUGGCUUGGUGGCGCACCCGCUUGUCACGCUGGUGAUGGCCCGGGACUGGACGGGCGCGCCGCCCGUGUAUCUGUGCACGGGGUGGGAGCUGCUGGCGGACGAAGACAAGUCCGCCGCGCGAACGUUGCAUAGUCAGGGCGUUCGGGUGGUGUUUGAAGAAUACGAGGCCAUGCCGCAUUGUUUUGCCAUGGUACUACCCCAGUCGCCGAAUGCAAGGCGAUGUUUUGACGCGUGGGCUGGUUUCAUCAAGGACCUAGUAGUGAAGGGAGCGGAGGCUGUCGAAUCGAAAGCCGUGAUGAUCAAGGCUCGCACAUCGGAAGAGGUGGUACUAGACUUCUCCUCGCUGGGUUGUGAUGCGGAGGAAAUGAGGGGUCGCGUGCUCGCGCAUUUAUCAGAUGCAAGAGACGUGCCACCGGAGAUAAUGGCGAAGCUGUAGUUCCCUAUGAUACACAUAAAGGGCUUUGGUUAAUACAUGGGCUAAAUAGCCAUAUUUUACGUUAUGAA